AUUGUUAGCUUGUUAGCUCGCGGGCGGUCCUGUGACAUGGUGAUAUGACUGAGUUAUAACGGCUUAUUACACUUGAAGCUCAAGUUAUUACAGGCGUACAGUGAUGGAAGACCGUUCCGAAGCUGCGUCCACAUCCAAGAUCACCUCAGGUUCUCUACACCUGCAGACUCCUAAAAAUGAAGAGGCAUAUGAAAUAGCCAUCCCUUAUGAAGAGACUAACUUUGAGCAGCAAGGAUUUUUCAAUCAAAACGAUCAUAAUUUUGAUGAGUCGCCUCCACCAUCCGGCCCUUCGUCCGUCACCAACUCAUACAUGGUGAUCACCAACCUGCGAACGCAGUUGCAGAUCUCACUGGAGAAGAACUCGUGGCUGCAGAAAAGAAUCGAGGAUCUGGAAGAGGAGCGGGACUUCCUCCGGUGUCAGCUGGACCGCUUCAUCUUCUCCACUAAAAGCCAGGGACCAGAUCGGAGUGAGAGUUCCUACAGCAACGGUUAUGAGUCGAGGCGCUUCAACUGGAGGGGCAGGAGAGAAGAGGAGCGACCGGCUGAACCAGCCAAGGCAGACUCGCAGCAUUUCCCCUCACGCCAGUUCAUUCACCGAAGACAAGCUCCUCCCACAAUGGCCGCCUCCAAAAACCAUGUGUCCAGCUCCAUCAGCAGCCAGCUGGCCUCUUUGAACGCGCUCUUCCCGUCCACGCAGCCGCAGAGUCAUCUCCAGAGUCACAGCCUCAACAGCUCCACUGCCGGCAGCAACAGCAGCAGCGCCGCCCGACAGUCCAUGAACGAACUGAGCGCCAACGUCGGACCAGAGUCCAUUUCUCUGCUGGGAGAGUCGGAGGAGUACCUGGACCACGAGGACUACAUGGCAGAGGAGGACCUGACUUUGGGGGAUGAUGGUCUUCAAGACAACAGCAACAGACAACCGAUAAAGAGGAGGCGGAUUUUUAAACCUCCUCGGGAGCGACAGAGAGUCAAAGACGCCGCGGGAGUCUUGUUCCGCUACAAGAAGAUCCUGCUGACGUACCAGCGACUGAAAAACAUGUCCAAGGCCUUCCAGAUCCACGGCGUGGACCGCAACACGGUGGCCUCCACGACGCCCAUCGCAGAGAUGCUGCUGGUGGCUCCGGAGAAGGUGGCCGAGGUCGGAGAGUUCGACCCGUCCAAGGAGAAGCUGCUGGACUACGCCCGGCGCUGCUACACGGUUCUGGACGAGGAGACGCUCAGUCGGGUUCAGGCGCUGAAGAAGAACAACCUGCUGCUGCCCAUCUCCUACAGGUUCAGACACUGAUCUCCUUUGCUGAAAUCUUCACGCGCUCACAGGGAUUUUUACCCGCACACUCGACUGCUUACUCUCAACCUGGUAUUGCGCAUUAGCACGUAGGAUCACUGGGGGGCGCUAAAGAUCCAUUGAGUUGAAGACAGACAUGAGAUAAAGCUGUCAGCCAGGAGAGAUUGAGUGUAAAUCUUUAAGCGUCUGCAGGGAUGUGGACAGAAGAGGCCUACAGACCUGACAGAGGCGUGUCUCCCGGGUGAGGCGUGUAUGAGGGGUGGAGCCAUGAGACCGUGCGCCCUCUUUGCUUCACGUUCCCCGACAGAGUCGACUGUUACUUCUCAUGUCUGGCUCUAGCGUCGAAACAUGGCCACUAUUUUGACUGUUUCCAAGACAACACAGUUAUGAGACUCCGUCCAGACUGCCCCCCACCCUUUUUAAAUUUACUGUAUCUCAGAGAUGUUUCUGUCUAACCUGCGACUGUCGCUGAGUCACUCCCCUCAGUCAGUCCACAACCUUUCUUUGCUCCUUGAGAUCCAGUCUUGAGGUGUUUUCUCAUCAAACUGACUCUUGUCUUGCUCUUCUAAAUGAAAUGUUUUUAUUUUAUCAGAUUUGAAAAAUAUAUUAUUUUCAUUUAUCCUUGUUGUUUUGCACAUUAGAGGGGACCAUUUACUGAGAGCCCCGUUUGCUCGACCCGACUCUGACUCAGAGGGCGGAACCAGCGUCUGAGUCUUUGUGUUCAGUCGAAGACAAUGUUGAGACAACUGUUUAAAUCAGUGUGUUUCACGGUGCUUGAGUCAUAAAGUCAUUCAAUAAUUCGACAGGACUCGGCACUUGCUUGGCACAAGCAUCACCCAGUGUUUUGGUGGCAGUCAGAGCACUCUUUUUCUUCCCAUGUAUUUUGUCUGUUAAACCAGGAUCUCUUCAUACUAUGGCCACGGUUUCCGUGUUCCUACAGGAUGCGCUCAGUAAAGAUGCUUUUUCCACGGGUGCUAAAUAUAUAAAUUAACAUUUUCUCUUCCCCUGCUCAAGUUUCAUAUUCAUUUCUGAGAAAGGACUAACUGAUGCACAAAAGCUGCUCUGCCCCUUUGAAAUACACGUACUGCUUUGAUAGACCACGUUGGUGUUUUGAGCGUGAGGGUGUCAGUUCGUGCAAACAUAGAAGUAAGUCCGUCCCUAAAUGUCUUCUGCUGCUAUUUAGUUCAUUCUUUCACAUCCAGUGAGUUUUUUUCUUUCUAAUAUUUUAACUCACAAUGUACCAACAUAAAGAUAGUAAAAGUACUCAACUUGCUUGUGUUUUCUAAUUGUUUUUUUAUUUUUAAUUGUUUCCCAUUAUAGUCUACAGUGAAAUAUUUAAUACAAAAGAGUAUAAAUAUGAAGAAUUCCAGAUAGAGUGAUUCAUGAAAAUGAGUGCUGUAUUACUCUCUUUAUGAUAUUAACUGUGUCAGAUUCUACAUCUGAAGCAAUACGACUUCUGCACUGCUCUGUUGUUCACUUCCAUUUCAUGUUAAAAUAACGUGUUUAAAAUGAAUGUGUGGAUGAGCUUGUUGUUUCCCCUACUUCACUUUACUCGCCUUUUUUUUGUUUAUUUGCUCAUAUUACAAUUGUGUUCCUCAAGUGUAAACCUCAACAUGCGUGUUGGGAAGGAAACGAGAGAGAGAGAGAGAGUGGAUGGAGCGUGAGAAGAACAUUGAUCUGAAGCCACGACAUGUUUGAGCACCUUAACAUUCCCACGUCCACCUUGUGUUGACAGAGUGGCAUAUGACGUGCGACCAUCGGAACAGACUGUAGAUAUUUGCUUUUAGAGAACGUCAGUGUUUGUAAAACAAACUUGUUUUUGUUCAUGUCAUGUUUAUUUAAAUAUGUAUAUCUCACUCCCGUGAUGAUUCUGCACUUACAGACAAUGAGAUUAAAAGUUGAU